AUGCAAACACUGAGAUUUUUACCAUGGAUUCGACGAUCGUAUGCAAAUUUACAUGUAAAUCGAUUUGUAUCAAACACAACAAAACCAAACAAAGAAAUAAUCGAACAAGUUCGUCCUACAUCGGAAGAAUCUAUAACUACACGUAAAGAUCGUCCACGUUUAGAAGAAGAAGGUUUAGAAUAUGAAUAUAAAGAUGAAUUAGAUGUUUUACGUCGUAAAGAACGUUUAACAGUUGAUUCAACAAAUACACAAUAUAUGACUAUUGUAUUUAAUGGAGAAUUUGAUCGAGAUAUAUUAACAUAUCCAGAAUUAUUAACUAAAACUGAAUCAACUCAAAUGAAUACAUUAUGUGAACGUUUAAAAAAAUUUACUGAUUCAAUUGAUCGAAAUAAAAUCGAAAGAGAUAAUCAUAUUGAUAAAGAUAUUUAUAAAGAAAUGUGUAAAUUAAAAUUACAUGGAUUAAUUAUACCAGAAGAAUUUAAUGGUCUUAGUUUAAAUAGUCAAUUAUCUGUACGUAUGUUUGAAGAAUUAGCAGUUAGUCCAACAAUUACUACUCAAUUAUUAGCACAUACAGAAUACGGAGUUAGAAGUUUACUUGUUUAUGGUACGGAUGAACAACAACGUUAUUAUUUACCUGAAAUGUCUAUAGGUAAUAUGAUAGCAACAGCUUGUAUAACAGAAGCAAAAAGUGGUAGUGAUAUACGAAAUAUUGAAACAACAGCAACUGUAAGUGAUACAGAUCCAAGUACAUAUAUUAUUAAUGGAAAAAAAAUGUGGGUUACAAAUGGACUUAAUGCUAAUGUAUUUCUUGUUUAUUGUAAAACAAAAGAACGUCAUACAUCAGAUGAUUAUGAUGAUCGUUUUUCAUUUUUUCUUGUUCAUCGUGAUAUGCCUGGUGUUACUAUAUCACCACCAAUAUCGACACUUGGUUUACGUGGUCUUGGUUUAACACAUAUUGAAUUUAAAGAUGUCAAAGUUAAUGCUGUACAUCAUUUAAUAGGACAACUUGGUGAAGGAUUAAACAUACUAAGAAAUUUACAUGGUUAUGUACGAACAACUCUUUCAGGUUAG